GUUAUUCGUGACAAUAGUUUUGAUAACUAAUUUAAUCAUCUCAGAAUGUUGUGAUUACAAAUAUUUCUCGGAAGAAGUAAUCAAUAAAUAACAUAAUUGAGGAAUAGAUUGAUAAAAUGAAGAUUUUAUUGAUGAUUGUCCAUUUAGGAAUCUUACAAUAUGAAGAAGAAGAUUCUUGAUGUCAGAGAAGGAGAAGAAACACGUUUUAUAUUAACAGAUUUGAAAAAAAAAAAAUCCAACUAAAAAUAGACUUAAAUUAUAGUAAAAUAUAGAGCAUAUCACAUUGACUAAGGAAAUUUUAGUAAAUAAUGUAUUAGAAGUAAUUUUAUUUAUUCUAGAAUUUACAAUAGAGAUUACCUUAGGAGUUUUCAGGAACAUAUCAUGUUUGCAGAAAUCAUAGAACUUUAUUAAGUAUAUGUAAUCAUGACUAUAUAUAUACAAGAAAAAUUAUUUAUACAAAUGGUUUAAGCAAAAAAUUAUUAUUUUGUAGACUUCAUUUGACCCAGCCAGAAAAUUAGAGAGUAUCUUGAAAGUAUUACACAGCAAACUCAUGAAGAUUAAGGAGGUGGC